CAGUUUUCCCAUUUAUCUAUCUAUAAAUUCCACGUAGGACUCAAUAUCAUUCUAGUUUACUCGGAUAUAAAUACCCGCAUUUGGGCCCUCGAAAAAACAGAGAACCAUAAAAAAGAAAAUAAAAAUUUGAGUUUCGAAAAAUGGAGAAACAGAGCCAUACCCAGAAAACUUCAUGGACACGAGGCAAGUGUAUAGGCAAAGGCUCCUUUGGUACCGUUAGCUUAGCGAUCAACGAACUUAAUGGCGCCGUUUCCGCGGUCAAGUCCGUCGACUUAGCAACGUGUCUUCCCAGCCAGUUGGAGUCUUUGGAGAAUGAAAUUCGGAUCCUCCGUUCGCUUUCCUCUCCUUACGUCGUUAAUUACCUCGGCGAUGACGUCUCUCCGGCGAAUUCUUUCCGUAAUCUUCACGUGGAGUAUUUGCCGGGCGGCACCGUUGCUGACGUGGAGAUUGUUAAGCGGCGGGCUGCUGACUUGGACGAGAGGCUUUUGCGGUGGCACACGCGGUGCUUGAUUUCGGGUUUGAAGUACGUGCACGACGAAGGCAUUGUUCACUGUGAUGUGAAAGGAAAGAAUGUUUUGCUUGGAUCGGAUUCCAGUUCCGUAAAGCUCGCGGAUUUCGGCUCGGCGAUUGAGAUAAAAAAGGGAAGGUCGCUGAUUAAGCCACGUGGAAGCCCUUUAUGGAUGGCGCCAGAGGUGGUUUGCGGCGAGUAUCAAGGGCCGGAGAGCGAUAUUUGGUCACUAGGAUGCACUGUCGUCGAGAUGAUUACCGGGAAGCCAGCUUGGGAGGAUCACGGUUUCGACUCGCUACGUCGAAUUGCUUACUCGGAGGAACUCCCCGAGUUGCCGACUCAGUUAUCCAAACUUGGUAAGGAUUUCGUGGAGAAGUGUUUGAGAAGGGAUCCAAAUCGAAGGUGGAGCUGCGAUCAGCUGCUGCAGCAUCCAUUUAUAUCAUCGGCAUCGCCGCCGAAAAUGAUAGGAGAAUCAUCUCCGCGUUGCGUUCUCGAUUUCGCCGGGUCGGAUUUCGAAGAGGACGAAAACACUGCGAAUUUCGAAUCGUCGGCGAAGGAGAGGAUCAGUAAAUUAGCGAAUGAAGCAGGGGCAAUUUGGGAAUCGGAUGGUUGGGCGACGGUAAGGAGUUACGCUCGUGAAUCACGUGUGAAUUGCGAGGAAGGGACAAGUACGGAAUAUCCGGAGUUGACGAGGACGCAUUUGGAAAUUUUCAAUUGGCGGCAGUGUGGUAAAUACGUGCGUCUUAGAGGGCUAAAAUCGUCGUUUGGUGGCCAACGGUGCGAUCCGUUGGCUGGUUCAAGCUGUCGGUGUUGGCCACAAAAGGAAAAAGUGGAGUUUGCGGUGGAGAAGGGAAAGUUGAUAUUCUGCAGAUUUUGUAAUUUAUUAUUACAAUUAAUUUUGUGUGAUUUCAAAUUAUUCCUAUAUAUUUUAUUGAUGUUUUUAAAUUACUUCUUUCUUCCUUCAUUACUUUUAUCCUUUACCUCCACCAUUCUUUUUGGUCCAACCUCCAAUCGUUGCAACUUAAAUUUUCAAUCUCCGGUACAACCUGAUUGUUGCAAUAACAACAACCAUCAACUGAAUUAAUAAUAAACUAUUCAAUAUUUAAGCUAGUUAUAAACUUACCAAGAGUAUAUAUACAUGUUGUUACAGAUGCUAUUACAGCUCAUGAUAGAACCUCCACUAUUUUGUCUUGAUUUUACUGCCUCUAGUACUGAUAUUCUCUACGAAAUUCAGGCCUGCUGGACACAUGUCUACGGAACAAGCGGUCAUUUCUGUUCUUGGGACUGACGUUCCAAGUGGGUUUUGUAUCUGCUAGACAUGUGUCCGGGUGACUGCGAGUUCCUUAGAUAUAUGCAAACUGAAACUGUGAUAAGUUAAAUCCAUGAGUUCCUUGAGUACAUGCGAACUAAAACUGUAGCAAGCUGGAUUGGUGAACUUAUCCUUUCUGCGAACUCCUUGAAUAUAUGUGAACUCACAUUGUUGUCCUAUCGCGAUUGGUCUUAAACUUAAUAUUCUAGUAAAAUCUAUCCAAAUUAUAUAUUAAUAAUCUAAAUCCUGUCUAAAAUAAUUAAUAUAUUUAAAGAUGCUAAAACUCACAUCCUCUAUAUUCAAUGAGCUUCAAUAAAUACUUUUAUUUAAUGUACAUAAAAAAAAUCAGACUCUAAUGCCUUAAGAUAUUUUCUAAUGCUAUGCACAUCAAAUUCAAUAUUGGUAUCUCCAUGUCCAUAAAAGACAUCAUGGAAUUCAAACUGUGUUUUUUUUUCUAGGACAUUUAGGAUGACGUGUAAGACUUAAAAAAUCUUAUGCAUCAAAAUCCUCUAUCAUUUGUCUCCUAGUUAUAUUUAUUAUUAAAGCUGAAGCUAGUAAGGAUUUAGGGUUAGUGUUGUAUUGACGGCUACUUUUUGGUCAUUGAGAAAGACACCUAAAAGAUGGCAUCUGUUCAAUGCACAAGUUGCUGUGUGGGAUAUAACACAAACUCCAUUACUUUAAUUUCAUAUUUCACAAUUUUGAUUAAACAAAUUAAAUAUCAAUUGCAUUUUACAGAUUCUUAUCCUUUUAACAAUAUGCUUGGUUCUAUUAGUCAAUGUUGAAUCAAUGUUGUCAAUUUUUCCAUUUUGUUUUAGCAUUCAUAUGUAUUAAUAUGAUGUGUUUUACUAUAUUAUUUUGAAUUUAUUAAUAUUUAUUAAUUCUUUUCUUAUAAUAUAAUUUCAUCAUACAUUUUAGACUUUAAAAAAAUUCAAUUUUAUCUUUAAACUGAAAUAACGUUUUGUGGAGUGCGACUUGUAUUUUUUUUUUUAAACUAGAAUUAAAGUAGAGGCGACGUUGUGAUCAGAAAUCACGUGACGUCACAAUAACGCGAAGAAGUUUGAAGUGAAUACAAAACAGAGACAACGUCCUAACAACGCGACACAGGAUGUCAUCACAACAGAUGACGUCCCAACGAUGCGACCCAUGACGUUGUGGCGAUGCAACGAAUUCUAUCUCAAAACAACUGCGUAAUUAGACUUUUAGCAAGAUUAUUUUUCCCAGUAAAAUUCUGAUUAUACCAGUGAUAUUUUAGUCUAAUUAGAACUCUAAUCUUAACCUAUAAAAGGAGGGCUUUAGUAACCCUAGAAUAACAUCUUCAUCAUCAUAAUACAACAUUAGAGAGAAAAUUAAGAGAGAGCUUUAAGGAAAUUUUGUAUUUUAGACAAAGAGUUUUGUUUUCGAGGUUAGAGUUUGUUUUAAAUUUCUCCAUCUUGUACUCUUCGAUUAUUUGCUCAUUAGUGAAAUCUUCUUUUCUCCGUGAUUUUUUAUCCUCUUCAUUGGAGGAGUUUUUUCA